UGUAUGCAUCGGUGACCGUGUGCCCGCACAGUGAGCAUCCAACUAGUUUCUCGCCUAUCAGUUCACGACCGGCGUCUAUUGAGCGUAGCAACGCGUUUUAUUGAACAAUUUUUAUUGAAAACCGACAAUCGGCUAGUAAAAUCGUUUUAUUUUUCUACUCAAAAUUCCAACAACGACAAUGACCGUCGACUGGGGAUACGAAGAGUCAAACGGACCAUCGGUCUGGCCACAAUUCUUCCCACAAGCCGCUGGUUCCCUCCAAUCUCCGGUGAACAUCGAAACGACCAAGGCCACUAACGACACGACCCUGAAGAGCAAACCGCUGUACUGGAACUACAGCCCGGAUAUUUGCAAACAAAUCGACAACAACGGUUACGGAUGGAAAGUACAAGUGUACGACGAUGGAGACGGAUCGGAACUCUCUGGCGGCCCGCUAGGACAUAAAUACAAAUUGGAACAAUUCCACUGCCAUUGGGGAUGCACCAGCACAAAGGGAUCCGAGCACACGGUUGACGGAGUCGCCUAUGCUGGCGAAUUGCACUUGGUCCACUGGAACUGCGACAAGUACAACUCGUUCUACGAAGCUAUUGAUCAUCCCGACGGGUUGGCCGUAGUCGGAGUGUUCUUAAAGGCCGGCGACAAAUGCCACCAAGAGCUGGAGAAAAUCGUUUCGCAUAUUUCACAAGUGGCCCUGCGCAACCAAUCGGCUCCGAUCGCAAACACCAUCGACCCGGCUGCUUUAUUGCCCGAGGACGUGACUUACUGGACUUACCACGGGUCGUUGACGACUCCGCCGUGUUCGGAAUGCGUCACAUGGAUUAUGUUCAAGAACCCAAUCGAAGUGUCCGAAAGACAGUUGAACGCGUUCCGGAGCAUGCGGAUGAAAACACCGGAAGAAUGCUCUGAGCCUCAUGGCGGUCCACAGCUAGUGAACAAUUACCGGCCGCCCUUACCUCUGGGCAACAGAGUACUUAGGGAGUGUGGCGCCAUGUGAAAGCGGACAACCAAGAAAAGCAAAAAUCCCCCACACAAACAACUGCAGCACCCAUCACUUGUCUCAUACCAGAGCUUUUGUAUUUUUGUUUUGUUUUUUUAUGAUAAUAUAUAUUGUAUACCCGAGGAACAUCAAACGUCGUAUUAUGUCUAAUAAUAAUAUUUAUAUUUGUAUAUAAUAUAUUUAUAUUUUUGUAUUAUAAUAUGCGAACGAUGCGAAUGGCACAAGUGAAUACUGUUUAUGUAGUAAAACGAGUUGUUUAAUAGAGUUACAUAGUACACUGUUAUCGAAACUAACAAUUGGGAUAAACUUUCAUUUAACCUGUUUUAAUAUUGUUAGUUUUGUUUUUUAAAAAUGUUUUAUUAAUAAUUCGGCCAAUUUAUAAUGCACCGUAUUUGUUUUACCAGAAUAAUUGUUAAGUGUUAUAACUCAAGCAAUUUUUUUAUUAAAUUAUGUUUAAU